AUGGCUUCCCAUGAAAGCCCACUGACAUAUCCAUCUCAGUCGCUACAGUUUCUGAAGUCAUUGAAUGCACGCAGGACGAAUCCAAAGGUGGCAGAGCCGGUUUUACAAGCGCAUCUCAAAUUUGACAUCGUCGUUGUCGGCGCCGGACUAGGCGGUCUUGCGGUUGCUAUCGCGCUAGCGAGAAGAGGGCACUCCGUACAAGUGCUGGAACAAUCAUCCGUACUUGCCGAGGUUGGAGCUGGUAUCCAGAUCCCUCCAAACUCCGGGCGUCUGCUUCACCGGUGGGGAGUAUUGGAGGAGUCGAACAAAUGGGCUGUGCAGCCCGAAGCGAUCAUGUUUCGUCGUUGGAAAAACGGUGAAGUAAUUGGCCACACUGCUCUCGACAAUGUGUUCAAAGACGCCUUCGAGGUACCGUACUACGUGGCUCAUCGCGCGCAUUUACACGAUGCCCUUCAUCGACAAGCAUUGCGGCUUGGCGUCAUCGUUAAGCUUGGAUGCAAAGUUGUCCAGUACCAUGAACAGGGCUCUGUUACGCUUUGCGAUGGAUCAGUAGUCAAGGGAAGCCUUGUGGUAGCUGCUGAUGGCAUCAAGUCAGUAGCCCGGGAAAGCUUAUUUCCUGAUUGCAACCACGAGCCGAUGUUCAACGGCUUUGCGGCUUACCGAGCCACAGUAGAUGUGAAAAAAAUGCACAAUGAUCCGGAGAUCGCGUGGAUCCUAGAACAGACAGCCAUGAACAUAUGGAUUGGUGAAAACAAGCACGUCAUGUCGUAUACGAUAGCAGGUGGUGAAUCUUUCAACAUGGUUCUAUCCCACGUGGACCGUUCCGACCCUGAUACCUGGAGCGAGAAGUUCGCGAAAGAGCAUGUGGAGGCAGAGUUCAAGGGAUGGGAUAUCCGGCUCACGAAGAUCAUUUCACUCAUAGAUGAGUGUAUGAAAUGGCCAUUGAAGGUGGGAAGGCCUCUGAAGACCUGGGUCUCACCGUCCUCGAAAAUGGUCAUCCUAGGCGAUGCAGCGCAUGCUAUGCUGCCUUAUAUGUCUCAAGGCGCAGCAAUGGCGGUGGAAGACGGGGCUGCGCUCGCUGUAGCGCUCAACAAGCUUUCGUCUCUGGACGAGCUUCCUUUCGCUUUGCGAAGCUUCGAAAGAGAACGCAUCAAAAGAAGCAGUGAUAUGCAGAACGCGAGCACGAUCAAUGGUCGGAUAUGGCAUUUCCCAGAUGGCCCAGAGCAGAAGGCUCGGGACGCUUCUAUGGGCCCUGAAGUCUUGGGUAAACCCUUUGCAAGCAGCGCAAACCAAUGGAGCGACCCGGUGACGCAAUGGUGGGCCUACGGCUACGAUGCAGAAGAGAAGAUGGAUGAGGCUUGGGCAAGAGAUGUGACGCAGCUCAUUGCUAGUAGCGGCAAGCGUGCGAUCAACCUCUAG